UAAUAAAUAAUUUAUUAUCGUAAAACGUAGGAUACAAUAUAAUGAUGCUCAUUAUCGAUAUUUUACUUAAUUCGAUUGUCUACUCUCUAGUGCCAGUUGUAAGCCAAGCUGUAAAUGAGGUGAGACGAUGUUACUGUUUUAGUGUUUUGCUCUACCUUUUUUUCUACUUUCAUUUUUAUUUUAUUUUUUAAAUGUGUUUGCCAAUUUUAAUACAUUGCUAUUUAUUUUAAACUAAUCUUAAAAUGCCAUUUUAAUUAUCAAAAAUAUUUACCGAAUAUAACUAAUUUUAAUUUAAUAUUCCACGUUUUAAAAUGACUGAAACAAAUUUGAAAAAAAUUCCAUUUUUUAAAUUAUUAAAUCUUCAAGCUGUUACUUCAGUGAAUGAUUCAUCCAAGAUUUUCAGAAAUCAUUUAUUAGUUUUACCAGACCAAAAAUCAGAUCUCGUGUACAAAAAUAACAGUAUAAAAACCGGAUAUGAAAAUUUUUGUAUUAAAAAGGGUACUUUAAAAUUGUAUCCAUUCAAAGAUUUUGAUUUUAUUGGUAAACAUGUUGUGUGUCAAAAAUGUUGUCAAAAAUUUGCUUCAAAAUUUUCUUAUAAAGCACAUGUUGGAACUGGUAUUUGUGUUAGAACUUACAAUGGACCAAAUCUUAUCUACCUUAAAUACAAAAAUAGAAAUUAUAGACAAGUUCGAAAAAAAAAUAAAAAAAAAUUUGAAGAGGACUUUCACGGUCAUGAUAUAAAAAAAAAUUUAUUAAACCCUGAAAUGUUGAAUACCUUACAGACUCGUAAUAAAUGCUAUUCUGAUAUAACACAUCAACGAAAUAAAGUUAAAGAAAAACCAAUUGAUAAUUCGGAUAAAAGUAAUGGUGAGCCAUCUGUGAAAAAACCAAGAGGAAGACCUAGAAAAAACAUUAUUAAUAAUAAUGAUGUUGAGCUAAAAAAACGAGGCAGACCAAAGAAGUUCAAUGCAGUCGCAGUUGAUAGCUUAAGUCAAAAUGAUAAUAGCUUAAGUCAAAAUGAUAAUAGCUUAAGUCAAAACGAUAAUAGCUUAAGUCAAAAUGAUAACAGCUCAAGUAGUAGCCCAGAACUCGAUGAGUCUGAAGAAACAAAUAAAAUUGUUCAUUGUUCUAAUUGUAUAGCUGAUGAUGCAUUAAAUAAUAAUGUUAAUGAUCAUGGCAAAUUAAAAUCAUUAACUUGUAAAAUGGAAACUCUAUGUAAAAAGUUCUGGAAAAUUUUUAAAAAUGAGUAUAAACCUAAAGAUGUAGAUAUUAAUGAAUAUCAAUAUCCUACCAAACACAAAACCCAGUGUGAUGAAGAAAAAAAAGAUGAUUUACCAGCUGAAGAAAAAGACAUUUUAUAUAAAAUUGAAGAAUUAGAAAAUAAUAUUAAGUUACUUUCUAAUCAGUUUCAGGGUUCUGAUGAAUAUUCUAAUGAUGAAUUAAAUUUAAUGCUGACAAAAAUUAGUGAUAUACGUAAUGAAAUUAAACAAAGUAAACUGAAGAAGACUGAUGUGAAGGAAUCAAUACCAGAUGAAGGCAAAGAAAAUAUUCUACAUACACUCAAAAAGAAGGAAAAUGAAACUGAGAUUGAAAUGAAUAACAUAGAUUUUGAUAAAAAUGAAAAAUGUAUAGGAUUAUGGUUAACUAAUAGUAAUACUGUUUCCUCCACUAUAACCAUAAAAAUGAAUGAUGGUUGUAAAUCCAUUAAUUGUACAAAUGUAGAUAAUUUUAAAAAAGAAUCCACAAGUCAGGACACUUAUGGAAAUAAUUUAAAAACAUUAACUACAGAUAAAACUCCAAAUAAAACUCCAAAUAUUACCAAUUCAUUUAAUAACCAUUUAAAUGAUCUUGGUUUAAAUUAUAUCUAUAACCCUAUAUUGAACUGUAGAAAUUGUAGUAAAAAUUUUACUUCUAUUGCUGAAUGGAAAUUACAUCGUUCUGAACAUUUAGUUAAGUUAAAUAAAAGUUUUUUAUGUAAAAUUUGUGGACUCAAAUUCAAAAUGUAUAAAAAUUUUAUAAAACACAUCAAUAUUCAUAAAAAAACAGAACAAAAAAAAUUGUACUACGAUAAAAAAAAUGUUAAAAACUUAGUAUGUAAAAUAUGUAACAGACAGUAUAAUUACCUUAGAUCAUAUUAUGCCCAUAUUAAAACCCAUAUUGAUGAAUAACUUUUUUUUUUUAAAUUUCUGUAUUAUACAUACUUACAUUUUUACAUGUAUAGUAAAUUUUCUAAAACCAUUAUAGAUUGUUCACCAUAUUUGAAUUUAAUUAUUUUUGUAUUAUAUGAUUUAAUUAAAAUAUACUUUGUAUUUAAAUUGCUA